UCCAGCUGAUCCGCCUCAGUUCCCUGAGGCGCUCGAUAGGGACAGGCGAGCGGACAGGUCUAGUAGUACGUCUUGUUUUUUCAGUUGUGUCGAAUUCUACAGCUUAUGUCUUCACUUAUUGUUUUAUCCGGAGCUCGGGUCAUCUGGCGGAGCGGAUUGCGACUAGCGCCACGUUUUCUUUUCUCCCCUCCCUUCCCUCAAGGAACGGGCCGCUUCUCCGUCCUCGCCGUCGCGUAUCCUCCCGGUUCCGGGUCUGAGCCAUGGGGGACACAGGCAGCGAGCGCAGCAAGGCGCCCAGUCUGCCGCCCCGCUGUCCGUGCGGCUUCUGGGGAUCCAGCAAGACAAUGAACCUUUGCUCCAAGUGCUUUGCUGAUGUACAGAAGAAGCAGCCAGGUGAACACCAUGCUGCAGAGCUGACCCGCAGCACUAGUAGUAGCCAACCUGUAGCCUUCUGUAAUGAUAUCAGCAGCAGCAGUAGCAAGUCUCAGACCUCAGAACCCAUCAACUCUGAGCAGAUGCUUCCAGAAGACAAAGAAGCUCUGUUUUUGCCAGCACAGGAGGGAGGGUCAUCAACAGACACAGCCCAAGGCACAGUUUCAGUGCCCACAAAACGGCUUUCUGGCUCAGCUUCUGGAUCAAACAAUGAGGUGAUGCCAGGGAAGCGGGCUCGGCCAAACGAUGGGGCUGCUGCAGAGGAGUGCCAAAGAGGGCCAAAACAGAAAAGCCGCCGACGAUGCCAUCGUUGUCAAAUCAAACUAGAGCUGGUCCAGCAGGAGCUGGGUUCCUGCCGCUGCGGUUACAUAUUUUGCAUGCUACACCGUCUUCCAGAGCAGCAUGAUUGCCUAUUUGACCACCUGGGCCGUGGUCGUGAAGAGGCUGUACUGAAGAUGGUCAAGCUGGAUCGCAAGGUGGGUCGGACAUGCCAGCGUAUCGGCGAAGAAUGCUCCUGAGCAGAAAAGGGAAAAAUAAAGAGGCACUCUGACUGGAUCCUUUUUGAACCCAGGCUUCAACUCAAGUCUAAGCCCAACACUGCUCUCAAACCACCAAUACAUCAAGCACUUGGAAACCUCUUGGAUUCUGUGUCCCAGUCAAUACAGUUUUUCUUAGUCUGCAGAUCUGGGCAUUGCACUGUUCUAUUUACACCUAGAGUCUGUACAGGUGCAUUCCCAGCCUUUUAACUGUGCCUGGUCUCACUCAGCCUUAACUCUUCCUGGACCCUGCAAAAGAGGAGUUGACAAGAACACUUUAGCUUUUCACACACAUCCUCAAAAAUGCUGCUCAACAAUAUGGAUUUGUAAAGUCAAUCUAUCCUAUAGAUCCUAGUUUUUCAGCAGGUUUUGAAUGUGGGGUCACUGGAAAAAAUCUAAUCUUAUGACCCCCUCUCAGGUUGUCGAUCAUUAGUGGGGAUUCACCCUCUGGCUCUACUGCAGCCGCUUGAAACUGACAACUCUUAACUUCUGCCGGGAUCCUCCUGACCUAGGAACAGUAUAUAACAGCUUUCUCCAGCUGUUUCAAGUUGCACUGCAAAAUAACGGAAUACUUUUUAUGAGACUGGAUUGGUCCUCCAUUGGUUACAAUGUUCCUGUGGAUCUCUGGCUUGGACUUGUUUGGGAAACACAGCCAGGACAAAGGUCCCACUUUUCUCAUUUCUUGGAAAUUCCACAAGUACGGAGUUUUACCACGUUAGAGGCCCAUUCAGGCCAUAGUUUGCUGACCUGCUUGGUAUACCAGGCAUAGUAUUUCAUGUGGACAUUAAAUUUAUGUUUAGCAACAUUGCUGUCCUUUUUAUUUUAAAGCUUGCUUGGAAAUCGUGUGAUUUGGAGUGUCAAUACACAAGUCUGGUUUUCAGCAAUGACAGCUGAAAGGGUCAAAAGGCAUUCCCCUUGAUAAUCAGAGAGUCCCAGUUUAAGUGUUUAAAUUCAGCUCUUUCUGUGUAUGAGCUGUACCUCCCUGGAUUUCAUUAAAAACAAGUUGGCCACCCCCUGCGAAAUAUGCUGUGGAAGGUUUGUAAAAACGCAUUCAAUAUCUGGAAUUGUAGGAUAGAUGAUCGGGGCAAAGCAUGAGUGCUUAACAUUUUGUCGGGAGGGGGGGUAAUUGGUGAGACCAUUGGCACAUGAGGAAGACAGCCUGCAUGGCCAAGCUCUCUGUGUUUAGUUUGCCUACCUUUUGUCUUGUCAUUUGAUAAUUCCACUACACCAUACACUCUCUUCAGUCUAGUCUACCACCAUACCACCUUCUUCUAUCAGUGUUUAGUCAGUUUAAUGUUGUCAUCUGUCUCUGUCCUGUGCUCCAGUCUGACUGCUCUUGACUUGCCCUGCCUGUAUCAGGUCCACCUGCUGUGUUGACAUGAAGCGGGUGUUCAUCAGCACAACACUGAAGUUGUGGUUUAUUUUACGUGCAUAUUGAGGGCUGUUCUUUAUUAAAUAGUGGGGGAAAUGUGUUAAACUUAUUUAACCCUCUUGUGUUUGACUUACUUGCACACUAGCAAAGUUGAUUUUGU